GCAGGAGCUAAUACCAUUUGUAAACAUGGUGGAAAGUAGGCAGAGAGGAUUUUGUCGAGAGUCUUCCACAGAACAUGAUCCACCUCCUACUACAGAUGUCGAACAGAUGAGUUUCUCAUCUCCUGGGCUUCCCAUGAACUCUGUGGGCAAUGACCGGGUUGAUCAGCGAACCUGCCUUAUCUGUGGAGACAGAGCUACAGGUCUGCACUAUGGUAUCAUCUCCUGUGAAGGCUGCAAAGGGUUUUUCAAAAGGAGCAUUUGCAACAAGCGGGUUUACAGAUGCAGUCGAGACAAGAACUGUGUCAUGUCACGCAAACAGCGAAACAGAUGCCAAUAUUGCAGGCUGCUCAAGUGCCUCCAGAUGGGAAUGAAUAGGAAAGCAAUCAGAGAAGAUGGCAUGCCAGGAGGCAGGAACAAAAGCAUUGGACCUGUUCAGAUAUCAGAGGAGGAGAUUGAAAGAAUUAUGUCUGGACAAGAAUUUGAGGGGGAGGCAAACAUCUCUUGGAAUAACAAUGGAGACAGUGACCAUAGUUCUCCCGGGAAUGGAGUUUCUGAGAGCAACCAGCCAUCACCUGUUUCUACUCCAUCUUCAAGUAGGUCUGUGGAGCUGAAUGGAUUCACUGCACUCAGGGAUCAGUAUAUUGGGACUCCAGUGUCCACGCACUAUCAGUACCUACCGCACCUUUUUAACUAUUCUGCUCACUCGGCUCUGAUGCCCCCACAGACCCGAAGCCUAGAUCCCCAGUCACAUAGUCUUAUCAAUCAGCUAGUGUCAGCUGAGGACCUGGAACCACUUGGCACUCCAAUGCUUAUUGAAGAUGGGUAUAAAGUGACUCAGGCCGAGCUGUUUGCAUUGCUGUGUCGUUUGGCAGAUGAGUUGCUUUUCAGGCAGAUUGCUUGGAUUAAGAAGCUGCCAUUCUUCUGUGAACUCUCAAUCAAGGACUAUACUUGCCUGCUAAGUUCCACAUGGCAGGAGCUGAUUCUGCUGUCCUCACUAACCGUUUACUGUAAACAGAUCUUUGGUGACCUUGCUGAUGUAACCUCCAAGUACUCUCCCUCUGACGAUGAGCUGCACAGAUUCAGUGAAGAGGGAAUGGAGGUGAUGGAACGGCUGAUCUACCUCUACCGCAAAUUUAACCAGUUGAAGGUCAGCAAUGAGGAGUAUGCAUGUAUGAAAGCCAUUAACUUCCUAAAUCAAGACAUUAGAGGCCUGACUAAUACAUCCCAACUGGAGCAGUUGAAUAAACGGUAUUGGUACGUGUGCCAGGAUUUUACAGAAUACAAGUACCCACAUCAGCCAAACCGUUUUCCGGAUUUAAUGAUGUGUUUGCCAGAGAUACGAUACAUUGCAGGAAAAAUGGUGAAUGUUCCUCUGGAGCAGCUGCCCCUCCUUUUUAAAGCCGUUCUUCAUUCCUGCAAGACAAGCGUGAGCAAAGAGUGAGCCUCAUUGCCCCGAACCCAUGCCUUACUCUGGUGCUUCUGGUGGGGAACUGGCUCACAUGUGAAGAGAGAGCGGAGGAAAAACCAUGAUCAAGGCAGUAGGGAGCUGCUGAGACAGGGCGGCAGGUAGCCCUGUCAUUGUAGCAAGAAUCUUUUUUUUUUUGUUUGUUUUUUUGUUUUUUGUUUUUAAACUUUUUUCCUAUAUAUUUAUUUCACGACAGAGUUGAAUGUAUGAUCUUCAACACAGUGCACAUGGUUCUGUAUGAAUGCAGCAGAUGCAUUCUCUUGCAGUUUACAGAAUGUGAAGAUGUUUAAUGUUAGUGUUUGUUAGGGUUAGUUCUUUUGUAUUUGGGGGUCUGGGGGCCGAUAUGACUAAGACUACCUCAAUGAGAAGAUGCUGUUCACGUACUGAUCAUUCCAUGAUUCAUAUCCAAAGUGUUUGCCUAAAAAGCAAACUGCCUCACUCCACUGGGAGAGCUGUUAGCAUCCCAAAUGCUGGAGUGCGUUGGAGUGUGAGCGUCAGAGAAGUGCCAAGCUUCAAAAAAGAUAAGUGGGUGAGAAGGUGUUACACCAAAACCAGAAUUUGGGUACCCCCGGAAUAGCCAGCCUGUUUGUUGUUAUAAUCAAUCUGUUCUCAUUAAGGGUGGGUCUCCAGGGUGGCUAAAGGAAUACUUGGAGGACACAGAUACAGCCACGCAUAAAUUAUUGACACAAGAAGUGUUCCAAAACAAGGCACCUUUUAUUGAACAAUUUCUUGACAUAGUAACAAUCUAAACACACAUCCCUUAUAACAAGUUAAAGAGCACCUCAAACCACAUUGCCUUAUAGCUUGAAACAAUACUGAGUGGAUGCUCCCUACUUUAGAUGGUCAGUCUGUCACAGAUAGCUGACAGCCAUUUUGAGAUGUCCAUUAAUUUUUACAUGUAUAAAUCCCUUUCACAGUCAACACACAUGCAUACAUCUGCAUUACCCCCGCCCCACACACACACAUGCAGACACUAUACUAUGCUAUGCUAUAACUAUACCUGUUACUCUGUCUGACAAACUUACUUAGCUGAUGGCACAGUAUCUUUUCCUGUUUUCUUUCUGUCUCCCACUCCUCUGCUGCAUUCUUCUCUUCUCCCACUGCUUACUGCUGCUUCUCCUUCGUCUCACCCUCACCUCUUUCACGCCUUCCCCUGCCUUCUCUGCUCAGCUGCCUUCUCAACCUCUCAACUGUCAGCUGCUGCUGACUUUUAUACCCUACUUUGCUAACAGUCACACGUCAGUCAUUCCAUUUGACUGUUAUUUACCUCAGUGUUAUGAUUUGUCAUUUGUUGUUUACUACCUUCUUUUUCCUGCCAAUUCCUAGUGCUUUGUGACCUGCAGCUGUCAGCCAGUGCUGGAGUGACUCUUGCUUAUUCAGAAUGAAAGCCAGGAAUCUAGAGAUUUUAAAAUGGAGUUUCUCUGGUAUCACAAGGAGAAAUGAAGUUUAGCUAGUUGACCAAAAAAAAAGUCUUCCUCGGUUUUCAAAUGCAGCUCUCAUGAUGUAAGUUGGGUCCCCCUGAAAUUCUGUCACGAGAAUUGCAGCAUUCCAAGACUGAGAAAGGUCCUUAGCCCAUAUUCCCCUUCCCUGGGCUAUACAGAAUUUGUUCUCUCUCUCUCUCCAACUGAUGCAUGAUUAUUCUCUCACGACUCUCCUACCAAACUGGAAUUGUGUCGUUGUAAUUAAUAACAGGCUUUGAAUGGGGAGGCAGAAAUAAACCAGGCAGACUGCAAAUAAUUUAAUUAUUGGCUAAAUGCUCUCUCAGAAUCACAAACUGGAAAAGCAUUCUAAGAAGCCAGGGCAAUAUAUGUUCUCCAUGGCUAGAUCUGGCCUAGUUUUUUAAAUCACUCCAGUGAAGAUUCCUACUACAGUAGUUACAAGUAAUUCACAUCAGCGAACGCUUCAAACCUAUAAGCUUCUGUCCCUCCUGUGGAUAAAAUAAAUGUGACUUCCGAUAAGAGAUUUCAGUAUCCUCUGCUAUUGGCUGUCUGUUGAACCUUGGAGAACAUAUGGGUAUAAACCAAGUCCUGCAUGUACCAUUUUACUGCAUGGAGGGGAGUGUAGUAGGAAAAUCUGGCUGGCUCUUAGUACAAUUCAUGUAUAUUACUUCUAAAUCUCCCAGAAUUUAGAUGUUCCCCCUAGUAACUUCAGUCACUUGCAUUACACCAAAAAUACUUGAAUUGCUGCUGUUCAACGUGUAUUACUGUCCGUUUAGCCUCCGUGUCCUCCAUGGCUUCCUGUAUCCACAUGAUUGCUGGUUGCGGAAGAUUUUCUUUCUGUUUCCAUCAUUCAUAUAUUUAUGAAAUCUCACUUAUUCUAACAGGCAGCCAUGUUGCCUUUGCUGAAUUUUCUGCUGGGACCCUUAGUUGUGAAUCUGUUGUUUUGAGUGGUUACAUUAGGCUGAUUGAGACACUUUUGAAUGUUAAAGAACCUGUUAUUUUUAAACUACCUUCAGUUCUUCAGGAAACAACUUCUGCUCUUCUGGGGUGGGAAUAACUAUCCUUGCCAUCCUCUGUCCAGUCAUGACACAUUAUAGUGUAUGGCACAAAUUAAAUAUGUGGUCAGGAGAAGCAGUUUUUCCUUCUGAACAAGCACCUGCUCUCUGCUGAAGUACUGUACCUGCUAGUGGGUAGAAAUGAAUUGAGUGAACAGCAGUAGCAUAUCAUUCAGUCCAACCCCAAAUGCUACCUACAGACGAGUGUAAUAGCAGCCCAACAGCCGUUGGAACUUGCUAGCUUGGCACAUCUCUAGGUUAGUCAACAGUUAUUCUGUACAAUCAGUGCAAAUGGAUCCUGCCUGCAAGAGAUGAAGACUGCUCCAUCCAAAACCAUCUCAUCGGAGACAAGCUGUUGACUAACUAUUUAGACCAAAGGCAGUGCUGCUGUCUUUAAUUCUGCUUUGUGAAUCUUCCCACUUGAUUUUUUUCCUUGCUUUAGGUAGUCCACUAGCUGCUGAGAUACUCUCUUAAAAUAAGAUGUUACGGGUAACAGCUGCUGGGAUCAGCAGAAGUCCACUUUUAUAUGGCUUGAUGAAUCCAAAGUUAGUUUCAUGAAUCUUACUUGCUUUCUGUUUAUAAAAUGAGACAAGCACAUAUUUCUCAGGAAAGUCUUCUGCAUACAGUAGAUACCUCAAGUCUAUAUGGGAAGAUUUUAGUGUGUCUGUUUGUUUCUAAGUUAGGAAGUAUUGCCAGCUUUAACUUUCAUUUUCAAAUAAUUCCACAUGAUACUUGUAUUACAGGUUAUCUUCUGGCUUGCUUACACAUUUCAGGAAUAAUUUAACUGCACAGAAGUAAUCUUACUCCAAAGUUAUUAGAUGAAUAAGGGUUUGUUUUAAUUAGAAGAUCUCUAUGCUAAAAUUAGAAAACUUGUUUUUGCCAAAUACCUGACAAAAACAUCUAUUUUGUACUCUGUCCAAAAUGAAUUGACUCCUCAGGAAAAUGCUGCGCAAAUGUUUAAUAAACUUGAUGGGGGUGGGGUGGGGGAUGUGCUACUACUUGCAACUGUGUAGACCAUUUUUGUAAAUGUUGAUUGGCAGCAGUAUCUGUUAACAAACCCCUUGUAUUGCAGUGAGCAUAAAAGCUGUGUUAAAUUCACAAGCAAGAAUGAGACUAACAUACCGAACCAGAACCUAACUCGCUGGACAGUCAUUAAUGUCUUCUGCACCAAGUCCUCUAAUGACUUGUGUUUUUUAAACAGGGUAAAGUGAAUGUGUUGCAUUGCAAACUCAGGUAUUAUGAUGAGAAGAUAGGAAUGUAGCUAGAAAUGUAGCGACAUUAGGUCAAUCACUAGAUGUACUUGUGAAUUUGGUUUGAAGGACAUCCUACAAAAGUUGGAAUUGUUUCUCCAAAACUUCACAUAAUAUUCGGUUUACAGGGAACCAUAUUUUAUUUGUGCUUAAUGCUAGUUGGGUGAGGAUGUUCAUUAUCAUUGGUAUCUGCUGUUGCUUAUCUGGCCUUCUGUCAUAGAAGACUCAAUCAACAAUAAUCAUUUUUGGUGGAAUUUUCUGCCAAGACUAGUCAAUAUUUCUCUCCGGUUUGAAAGAUAACUCAAUUGAUCCCAUCCUUUCCUUCACAGUAUUUGUGCAAAUGUAAAUCUGAAGAGUUUUUUUUAAUCCAAACAGAUUUUUGGAUAUUAAUUUGAAGUGCAUAUGCUCACAUAUUCAGAGAGGGACACAGGCCACUGCUUUCAGUGCUGAAGGAACUGGACUUAAAUGCCAAUGACUUGGCACCACAGGCCAUGAUUAAAAGCCCACUGAAGUCAGUUGGAAUCUUUCCAUUGCCCCUCAGGGCUGUGAAUAAGGCCAUAGAAGCACAACUUGAGCUGAAAGAGUAAAUUUUUACUUCAUUAGCUUUAGCAGUAGUAGGCUUUUAUCCUCUGUGGGGAUCAGCUACUAGAAGGGGACAUAACUCACAAGCCAAGUGUGUCAUGCCAGCAAGAAGCUCAAAGCCAGUUAUAUCUAUACGUUGUUAGUUUUAUAAACACCAUGGACUUUGGGUUCUCACCAAGGGGUCUCACUAUCAGGUUUACACUCAGCAGCACUAAUACAAGGAGGCAAACUUACAACCAGAGAUGACCCUGUGGCUGCCGAAAGUGGGGGGCGGGGGGCGCAGAGUGAGGGCAGCAGCUUCAGCAGUGUUACUGAGCAUGCUCAGUCCAAGCCAAGCAGCAAAUCGGAGGGAGGAAGCAGGUGACUCUCCAUGACCCUCCCCCUGUGUCACCUCUGCUUACAACCAUGUAUAACACAUUCAGUUGUCUGUGUGACACUAAACGUUCCUUUAGUACCACUGACAUCUCGAACUGUCUGUGCAUCAAAAAGUCUCAUUUCUCAGGUUGGGGCAUAGGCAACAAAGCACAGCAUUGUCGUGCUCUCAUUUCCUGCUGCAUGUCAGGUUUGUGUAUUGAAUUGUCUGUGGGGAAGACAAGAACCUUCCAUGGGCCGUUACAAAACAUAGGACAUUAAGGGAAGCUACCCGUGCAACCCCAACAGUGCACACAUUGUGUGAAGAGAUGAAAUGCCUCUUCCUAAGCUGUGCCCAGCCACCUGAAUGUAUGAAAUACGAACAGCUAGUAGGUAUCAUGUGUUAGGAAGAAGCUGAAGUCUUCAUUACAAAUAUUAAUUUCACACGUGCAGUUACCACUCUUUGAAUGUUAAUAUCUUGGCUGCUUUAACCCUUUCCCUCUCACUCCUAAAGCCUUUAGACAAUGCUUUAGAGUAACGUGCUUUUCAAUGGUUAGUGUAGCUGUCCACUUUCCCAUGUCUUCAGUUACUGAACUUUCUUAUCCACAGUUGCAUAGGCAUAAAGACCAAAGAGCAGACCACACCUUUGAAAACUUAUCAAUUAAAAGGUCUUUUCCAGAUGCAGCUCUUGUGGGUUAAAUGCUCAGUGUUGCUGUGUAUAUGUGGCAGUUUACAAGCUGAGUACUGAAUACCCUCAUCAUUGAAAUGAAAAUGGCCCUACUGUGUCAGGUUUGUCAGUUCAGAUAUUUAUUGGCCACUCGUGAAUCUGCAAAAUUGGGCUGGACUCUGGCAAAAUUCACUUCUUGCUUCCAGCCAGCUCAGUGCCCCAGGGGAGCCUCUUCCCAAUGUUGUGGUGCUUUUGCUUCUUGUUGGAGCCCAAAAGUGCAAACGCAGCUGCAGAAUUGAGGUGUUGGAGGUAAUCCCUCAGAGAGGCUCAGGUCAAGAAGUGGGGAAAGGGCUGAGGGGUUCACUCUGCCUGAUCUGUUCCUGUGUCCCUCCUGAAUAUGUGUGCCUGAGCACUGGGCUGGACUCCGCUAUGCACAGGGCUGACCCUGAGAACCUGCUAAAGUAAAUGAGAAGGUUCACAGGAAACGGGAUUUUUCCUUCUCCUGAGUAGGAAGAUUGGAGACUGCUUCAAGUCUUGCUUGUUGUCUGCCCCGUAUGUCCCAUACUCCAUUAUAUUGCUGCAUUACAGGAUCUGUGUGCUGGUAUGAACAAACUCUUCAGACUUCUGCACAAGCAGUGAUGAAGUCAUUUCUGCUUCUUGGUUUUAAAAGUCCUGUCCUUCAAACCAAUCUUUUUUUAAAAAACUUGAAUUUCUUUUAUCUUUAAUACUUUUAAAAAGGAAAACAACAACAAAAAUCCCUCCUGUGAAUGUGCUGUCACCGUUGGUGGCUCUUCGUUGGUUUUGAUUUGAAGCUAUGAUGUGGUGAUGUUAUUUCUGUAUUUCUCAGGAUAAGAAGCGGCAAUCAUCCCUGCCACACAAAAGGCAGGAGAAGGGGGGAACUUGGGGAAGUAGUUUAAGUAUGAAGCGAAUUUGUAAGUUUUAGAUGAUGUGUAAAUCAAAGAUAACAAUACAUAAGAUGUCAGCGUCAAGCGGUGGCGUUUCUUUGGGUUCUCGAUGCGUUGCUUGCGACGCGCACAGAAGCUCAGGGAUAUGUAUUUAAAUGUGACCCACUGAAACCCUAAUCUUGAUGUUGCAACAGUAGCUUCUUUCGUGGCCUGUUUGGAAGCCCAUUAUGAUCUGAGUAAGCAUCUCCACAUCUGGAUUUUAGGAAGAAAAAUCUGGCUUUGUUUGUGGGGAGUUUUUACAUCAGUGGCUUGUGCACAGUCAGGAACAAGAAGUAACAGUUUCCUUCAGAUCCACAUUGCCUGUUCUGAGCUAUUGCAAAUCGGUAUGAAGACACCCUGAGUUACAUCAGGUCAGAUGCUGUGACUGUGGAUUAUAAUCGUUAGCGAUGUCAGUCUGUCAGGGCAAACUGGUGAGAGAAUACUGAUGUGUUGACAGGAGAAAAUGUCCAAGAUGGUUGCAAACUACAGAGGAAAUCAUGGGAUGGCCUGGAGGUGGCCUGUAAUACCACCCCCCUUCCUCCUCCUCCCCCAAUUAAGGCUUCACUAAACUUAACAAA